AUGACCCGACCUCUUGUUCGAAGGUCCUUCAUUCGAAGAAGAGCCCCGAAUACAAACAUUGGCCAUGGUGUACCGUUUAUCCUGAGAGACUCCAGAAACGCUUUUCAAUAUGUGCCGAGAUCGCCGUAUUCUACUGGCAGAGAUGCGGUGGCCCCAGGGAUAUCUGAAUAUUCUUUGAGGAACUUGAGGAAAGAUAAAGAAUCGAAUCUUACGUCUACAAAUACAACCCACGUUCCCAUAAGCGCAUGGCAGAAAUCGAAAGUAUGGAACAAAAUAUUCAGUCCAUACUAUGACCCCAAAAAGUUUCAACCUUUGCAUCAACUAAGUACUCCUGUGCCGCUUUGGGACAUUGCGCCUGGCUGCAUUCUGUUUCUGCCCGGUGCACAAAAGCUGGACCCAGCGGCCCGCGCAAAACUCGAAAAAGAUGGCAAGAUUGGCAUGGCUGGCCAUCCUGUCGUAGUGUUGGCAGUUGAUAUAAAAGGUGUUAACGAAGCUUCAGUCAUCGUGGCAAUAAUUAGAUCCUACUCUCAGCAUCAAGAUGAGUGUCGAUAUCUUGGGUUGGACUGGUUUGAUACUACACACUUCGAGAUACAACAGAGGGGCAACCACGACUUACCUCCACGACUCGAGCACAAUGUAAAAAUCGUACGGCUAUACAAAACCCCUUGUUCAAAUUCAUCGAAUUCCAUACGGCAAUUUAUUGCAACAAACUCCAUGCUCACUCUUCCUUUGCAACAUUUUUUAACGGAAACCAAAUGGCACCCAUCACAUUGGUGGCCUUCAUCCUGUCUUAAUGGUUGGGGUAGACGCAUCAUAAAGGAAGAUUUUAUGCACAUCGCUGAUACUAUUGGCUUCACCCCAGAUCCAUGGGUUAGCAGUGGUCCAUACAUGUGGAAAGAUUUUGUCCAGAAGACUGGGAUCAACACAUUUGGUCUUGAUAUUGAGGAUCCUGCGCUAUACGACGAGAAAGCCUUUUACCAGCAAAUGUGGGAAGAGGGACGGGAAAAAUAUAAUAAGCACUAUAAAUUAUCUCCAGAUUACUCUUCGAGCGCCAAUGAUUAUUCGCCGUUGGGGUGGGCUUUUGAUCGUAUGCCCCAUACAGGGCUAAUACGCAGGAGAGUGACCGGUGUAAGGUCUUCGCCUUAUAGAAGAUUUCGCCUCGAUAUUCCAGCUACACCCCAUACCUCUAUUUAA